GAGACGCUGAAGGCGGCCAUGUCAAGAGCCAGAGACCUGCUGGGGACGUGCGCCAGCCUGGAGGAUGUGAAGACGUCGCUGGCGGCCUUGGAGGAGGCAUCUCUUUGGGUCUUAGAUCCUGGCACAUCUUCCAGGCAACCGCAGGAGGAGGUGGAGGUGCUGACCACCAAGUUGGCGCGCUUCCAGGCCCUGGCAAAGAACGCUCCGGAGGUGGAAGGCUUGCGACGGAAGGACAAGAAGGCCGAAGCGGAGCAGCUCCGCAUGGAUCUCGCGAGUCAGCUCAUCGCGCCCAACGAUGACGAGCGCAGGAGACUUGCCCAGACCUUUCGAGAGCUCUGCACGGAGCUCGACGGCCGAUGCGCGCGCGCCAGGACGCGACGACGCACUUCCAGUUGUGGACUAGAGCCACCAGAGGAGACUUCUGCCGCAUCCGACGAAGCCUCUUUGAGCGGUUGGCUGUCAAGCUUAAUAGGGUCGGGGGUCCGUGCCGCCAGUGCAGGUUGA